GAAAUUUCCGCUCUUACUCUAAAGCAGAAGAAGGGACGGACACAGCAGAUCUACUUCUGCAACCGCCACUCCGCCACCUCCGCCUCCACUGCUUCUUCCACGACCACCGCACCGAGAUGGCUUUCUCCACUCGCCGCGGAGGAGGUUGGUGGUCACGCUCUCUUCUCCCCACCUCCAAAUCUUCAUUGAAGCAGCCUCGCAAGUCCCGCAAACGCGCCUCUCUCAAAGACUUCCUGCUCUCCAACUUCAUCGCCAUCGGCCUCUCCUUGUGUCUCCUCUUCUUUCUUCUCACCAUCUACAGCUAUGGCGUUCCUAAGCCGCUGCUCUCCUCUCACUUCCGCUCAACCCGAACCCGUUUUACUCGACUCCGUAAGCCCGUUUCCCGGAAAUCCCCAGCUGGUGACGCCGUUUUGGGGGCUGCAGUGGAUAUAACCACCAAGGGCCUGUACGACAAGAUUCAGUUCCUUGAUGAGGAUGGCGGUGCUUGGAAGCAAGGAUGGAAGGUGACCUACAAAGGAAAUGAAUGGGAUUCGGAGAAAUUGAAAAUUUUUGUGGUUCCACAUUCGCAUAAUGAUCCAGGUUGGAUUUACACAGUUGAGGAAUACUAUGAACGACAGUCCAGGCAUAUCCUUGACACCAUUGUUGAAACGCUUUCCAAGGAUGUUCGCCGCAAGUUUAUAUGGGAAGAGAUGUCUUAUUUGGAGAGAUGGUGGAGGGAUACCUCAGCUGCAAAUAAAGAAUCCUUCAUCAAUUUAGUACAGAAUGGACAACUAGAAAUUGUUGGAGGUGGUUGGGUGAUGAAUGAUGAGGCCAAUUCACAUUAUUAUGCAAUCAUAGAACAGAUGACAGAGGGUAAUAUGUGGCUUAAUGAAACAUGUGGUGUUAUUCCUAAAAAUUCAUGGGUUAUAGAUCCGUUUGGAUAUUCUCCAACAAUGGCAUAUCUUCUCCGUCGUAUGGGCUUUGAGAAUAUGCUUAUACAAAGAACACAUUAUGAAUUGAAAAAGGAACUGGCUUUGUAUAAAAAUUUAGAAUAUGUCUGGCGACAGAGCUGGGAUGCUGAAGAAACGACUGACAUGUUUGUCCAUAUGAUGCCCUUUUAUUCUUAUGACAUUCCACAUACUUGUGGGCCUGAGCCUGCAGUCUGUUGUCAGUUUGACUUUGCUCGAACGUAUGGCUUUUCAUAUGAACGCUGCCCUUGGGGACAACAUCCACAGGAGACCACUCCUGAAAAUGUGAAAGAAAGAGCAUAUAAGCUGUUGGAUCAAUAUAGAAAGAAGUCAACGCUAUAUCGUACCAAUACACUUCUUGUUCCCCUUGGAGAUGAUUUCCGCUAUGUUAGCAUUGAUGAGGCAGAAGCUCAGUUCCGGAAUUAUCAACUUUUGUUUGAUUAUAUAAAUUCUAAUCCAAGCUUGAAUGCAGAAGCAAAAUUUGGCACAUUGGAAGAUUAUUACAAGACUCUGCGUGAAGAGGCUGAUAGGGUAAACUAUUCCCGUCCAAAUGAGAUUGGAUCUGGUGAGAUUGGUGGCUUUCCUUCUCUAUCGGGUGAUUUCUUUACUUAUGCUGACAGACAGCAAGAUUACUGGAGCGGUUAUUAUGUUUCUCGGCCUUUCUUCAAGGCUGUUGAUCGUGUUUUGGAGCAAAACCUCCGCAGUGCUGAAAUGAUGAUGGCUUUCCUACUAGGAUACUGUCAUAGAGCACAAUGUGAGAAGUUGCCUACUGGAUUUUCCUACAAGUUGACAGCAGCUAGAAGGAACCUAGCACUAUUUCAGCAUCAUGAUGGGGUGACUGGUACUGCUAGGGAUCAUGUGGUUAAAGAUUAUGGGAUGCGGAUGCAUAUGGCUUUGCAAGAUCUUCAGAUUUUUAUGUCAAAGGCCAUUGAGGUGUUGCUUGGGAUUCGUCAUGAGAAAAAUGAUCAGAACCCAUCUCAGUUUGAGCCUGCACAAGUGAGAUCUAAAUAUGAUGCUCAGCCAGUACAUAAAGCAAUAGCUGCUCAUGAAGGAACUGUGCAGACUCUGGUAAUUUUUAAUCCACUAGAGCAGACAAGAAAUGAGGUGGUGACAGUCAUUGUUGACAGGCCAGAUGUGACUAUCUUAGACUCAAAUUGGACAUGUGUAAAAAGCCAAAUAUCUCCCGAGGUACACUACAGUGUGGAGAAGAUGUUUUCUGGUAAACAUCGUGUCUAUUGGAAAGCUUCGGUCCCUGCAUUGGGGUUGCAAACUUACUAUGUUGCUAACGGGUUUGCUGGAUGUGAAAAGGCUAUACCAGCACAAGUAAAAUGGUUUGUACCUUCUGCCAGCUUUUCUUGCCCUGCACCAUAUACUUGCUCAAGAAUGGAAGGUGAUGAAGCAACAAUUCGUAAUCAACACCAAACACUUACAUUUAGCAUGAAGGAAGGUUUGUUACAGAGAGUAAGUUAUACUGAUGGUCAACAAAAUGUUAUUGGUGAGGAAUUAGCUAUGUACUCCAGCACAGGGAGUGGAGCUUAUCUAUUCAAACCAGAUGGUGAUGCUGAGCCUAUUUCCUUAGCUGGUGGAUCAAUGGUUAUCUCAGAGGGCCACUUGGUGCAGGAAGCUUACUCAUUCCCAAAGACAGCAUGGGAUAAAUCUCCAAUUUCCCAUAGCACCCGCAUCUAUGAUUGUGAUAAUUCCGUACAGGGCUACAUCAUUGAGAAGGAGUACCAUGUUGAGCUUCUUGACAGCAAUUUUAACAACAAAGAGCUGAUAGCUAGAUACAAGACUGAUACUGACAACAAAAGGAUUUUCUAUUCUGAUUUGAAUGGGUUCCAGAUGAGCCGAAGAGAAACCUAUGAUAAGAUUCCUAUUCAAGGAAACUAUUACCCAAUGCCCUCUCUUGCUUUUAUGCAGGGAUCAAACGGACGGCGCUUCUCUGUUCAUACUCGGCAGUCACUAGGUGUAGCAAGUCUUAAAGAUGGAUGGUUAGAGAUCAUGCUUGACCGGAGAUUGGUCAGAGAUGAUGGGCGUGGGCUUGGUCAGGGAGUGAUGGACAACCGCCCAAUGAAUGUCGUUUUCCAUAUCCUUUUGGAGUCUAACAUUUCAACAACUGCUGAUCCUGUUGCAAUAACUCAUCCACUAAACCCUUCCCUUCUAUCUCAUCUGAUUGGUGCCCAUUUAAACUAUCCACUCCUCACAUUUAUUGCCAAGAAAGCUCAGGAAAUUUCUGUGCAGCCACCACCUAGAUCCUUCUCUCCACUGGCGGCUACCUUGCCCUGUGACUUGCACAUUCUAAGCUUCAAGGUUCCUCGACCUCUAAAGUAUUCCCAGCAGUCACUUGAAGAGCCUAGGUUUGUUCUCAUCUUUCAGAGACGACAUUGGGACUCUUCGUAUUGUCGAAAGGGCAGAUCUGAGUGUUCAAGUGUGGCUGAUGUGCCAGUUAACCUAUUUGACAUGUUCAAAGGUCUUGCUGUUCUGAAUGCAAAACCUACCUCUUUGAAUCUUCUGCAUGAUGACACAGAAAUGCUUGGUUACAAUGGCCAUUUUGCAGAUGGUGCCCGUGAAGGUCACGUCCUCAUAUCUCCCAUGGAAGUGCAGGCUUACAAGUUAGACCUACGUCCAAACUAACGAGUAAAAGCUUUACUUGCAUGUUUUUCUGAAUGAGUGGGCAGAGCGGAAUAGGAGAUCGGCCUUUUACUAGCAGGGAAGCGAAAUGUUUGUUGUGGAAAUAUGUUGAGUAGUGUACUACUGCCAUACAAGAGCCUUUAUAUUUUAAGUAGGUUGUGAUAUGGUAAGAUGAACCAAUUACUGGGGAGGCACAGUUUGUAUGAUUCACAUUCACAUUGUUGUUUACGAUAUGGGUAUACUAACUACAUUAGAAAAUGCAAUGUGAUGUUUUGUAUGUGAUAGAGUAUCCUAAA